ACACAAUGCAAUUCUUGUUGUAUUCAAUGUGCUUCCUAUUGCUCCUCGUCUAGGUCCAAACAUAAAAUCAGAAUGAGACUUUGUGUGACCAAUAUUUUUUGAACAUUACCAAGGCCAUCGCUAUGGGAUAGAUGCCGACCAAUGUGUCACCCGAAACAAUUCUAAGCUCUGGAAAAGGACUUUAAGAUUUAGGUUCCUAUCUGAUUUGUCGAGAUGCUGCAGAUUUGCAUUACAUUCAUCUCAGAAUGAUGAGCGAAGGAAAACCUCUGCACAUGGGUUUUUGUUUACCCCAAUAUUGCGAAAUGAGUUACCUCUAGAAAUAAAAUACACCAACCAAAGACCUCAUCAACAAUUUAACAGUACUUUUCCCCAUCAAUACGUUUAGAUGUUUCAAUAUAACAAAUCUCUGAUUGACAGCGCUUCCUACUAAGAUCCAGAUUUAAUUUAUCCCUCUUGGAGUGCAGGAACCUAUUUGACUCUAGUUCUGUUGAUUGUCGUAGUGGCACUCAAUAUUAUCGGAAGCAUCUUUUCAAUUAUAGCAGAAAACAAAAAAUAAGCGUAUUAGGAUGACUUAAAGACUGAGAUCAAGAGGAAAGCAGCACAGAAGAUAAAUGAGUCCCAUUAGGAAGAAUCUUCCUUAAAGGACUCCAUAAGUCAACUCUAUAAGAGAUCAGAAUUGAUUUGUAAAUAAAUGAUAAUAUAUAGAAAACGAAAUCAUGGAGAAUCAGGAGUCUGCUUUCAUGAGUGGUAAAGGUUAAUUCGAAGAAAUCAAAUACAAGAAAUACAAGGAACCAUCUUGGGAAAGAUUUGCUCUGAGUUUCUCCUUUAUCCAUAAUUACCAAAAACUAUUUAAGAUCAAUGAACCCAAGGGUGAGAACGCUGGCUUUGUGAUUUUUAAUGGCAUCAGGUCAUUGUCAAUAUUUUGGGUCAUUUAUGGUCACGAUCAACUCAUCCGAGGAUCCAACUCCUUCAAUUUGAUAGAUAUACCAUACAAGAUCACUGAACCUGGAUGGCUCACACUCACUCCAGCUGCAUAUUUUGCUGUUGACACCUUCUUCUUUGUGGGAGGAUUCUUGGCUGCUGUUUUACUUUUGGAAAAGUUGACCAAAUUGAGAUCCAUCAAGUUUUCAUUGGUGCCAGCAAUGUGGAUUCAUAGAUUCUUAAGAAUAUGGCCUACAUAUGCAUUUUGCAUUCUAGUGUAUUGGCAAUUGACUGUUUAUUGGUCAGAUGGUCCUAUCUGGAAUGAAUACAUAGAGUAUACCUCCACUUGCAAUACUUAGUGGUGGAAGAAUCUAUUAUUCAUAGACAACAUGUUUUCACAUGAUGCCAGUGGAUUGAACUAUUGUUUUGGUUGGGGUUGGUAUCUAUCCAACGAUUUCCAAAUAUUUCUUAUCACUCCAAUAUUGUUGAUUAUUUAUGCCAAAAAUAGAAAGAUUGGAUUAACAAUUAUUAUUUCAAUGCUAAUCGGAAGCAUAUUCUCAGCCUAUUACAUUGCUUACUCUCACGAUUUCCAUUUAUAAAUGGCCACUCCUAAUGCAAAACCACAACCAGACUAUCAAGAUGUAUUCUACUUCAAACCUUGGAUCAGGAUCUCUCCCUACCUUAUUGGCAUCCUAUUUGGAUUCUUCUAUUGUAAUUACAUAAGUGGUUAAAAUUAAAAACUGGUUUAAGUGGCAUAGCAAAUCAAGGAUAGCGUUGUUAUCAGAACCCUAUUCUAUGUCUUCGGAAUCGGGUUGACAUAAACGAUAAUUUGGAUCAUAGUUCCUUUGUAAAAGGACAUGAAUGCUUGGCCUUCCUAAGCCUAAUAUUUCUAUUAAGCAUUCAACAGAGUGUUUUUUGUCAUAGGUGUUGGAUUGUGCAUUACUCCUGCUCUGUUGGGUUGCAAAAAUGAUCCCUCACGAUUUAUGUAUAUUUUGAUAUUAAUUUAGACUCGGACAUCCCUUUUGGCAACCCAUAGCCAGAAUAUCAUUUUGCAUGUACUUAACACAUUUCAUUGUGAUUCUGUUCAUGACCUUCAGCACUACCUAAUUGGUUUAUUAUCAGUAAUCACAUAUUCUCUAUUUCACCCUCACUGACAUUGUGUACACCAUUAUAAUCGGGGGUCUCUUAAGUUUAGCCAUUGAAGUACAGCUUUUAUAUAAUUUAGGUGCCUUGCAUGAACCUUGAAAAGAUUCUGUUUGCCCCCAAGAAACAAGAAGCCGCAAAGUUGAAUGGCAAUCAAGUAGAAAGUAGGAAUGACUUAUGA